AUCCACAAAUAUCACAGGAAAAGUCCCAAAUAUUGACAAGAGGGCAAUCAUUCCUCAUCCGGCUUGUAGAUUGUCCAUUAUUGCAAGUCACUUUUGUGGAAAUCUGCAGACUUAUAAUCAUAAGAUGUCUGAAAAAGGAGAUAUUGCCCUGAUUGGGCUUGCCGUGAUGGGACAGAAUCUCAUUCUAAAUAUGAAUGAUCAUGGAUUUACUGUUGUAGCCUUCAACAGAACUGUGUCUAAAGUAGAGGAAUUUAUGAAAAAUGAAGCUAAAGGAACAAAAGUUAUUGGUGCCAAGUCGAUGGAAAACAUGGUUUCUCUGUUGAAAAAACCACGAAGAGUUAUGUUACUUGUCAAAGCAGGACAAGCUGUUGAUGACUUUAUUGCCAAAUUGGUACCUCUUUUAGAGAAAGGUGACAUAAUCAUUGAUGGAGGAAACUCAGAAUAUGGAGAUACUAAUAGAAGAUGCAAGGAAUUAGCAGCUAAGGGGUUACUGUAUGUAGGAAGUGGUGUUAGUGGAGGAGAAGAUGGUGCUAGAUAUGGUCCAUCUUUGAUGCCUGGAGGUUCUCCAGAGGCAUGGCCUCAUGUAAAAGACAUUUUCCAGUCUAUAUCUGCUAAGGUUGGAAAAGAACCAUGUUGUGAUUGGGUUGGACCAGAAGGAGCAGGCCAUUUUGUAAAGAUGGUACAUAAUGGUAUUGAGUAUGGAGACAUGCAGUUGAUAUGUGAAGCCUACCAUUUGAUGAAGGAUGUUUUAGGAAUGACACAAGAUGAGAUGGCAGAUGUAUUUGAUGAUUGGAACAAAGGAGAACUGGAAUCAUUCCUGAUAGAGAUCUCAAGAGAUAUACUUAGAUUUAAAGAUACUGAUGGGAAAUAUUUACUGGAGAAAAUCAGAGAUACUGCUGGACAGAAAGGAACAGGAAAAUGGACAGCGAUCUCAGCAUUGGAGUAUGGUGUACCUGUAUCAUUAAUAGCUGAGGCUGUAUUUGCCAGAUGUCUAUCAGCCAUGCAAGGGGAGAGAAUUGAUGCUAGUAAACAAAUCAAAGGACCAGCAACUACCAAAUAUACUGGUGAUAAAAAAGAAUUUAUUAAUGAUAUCAAAUAUGCAUUAUAUGCUUCCAAGAUAGUAUCAUAUGCCCAGGGUUUUAUGUUGUUGAGAGAGGCAGCUAAAGAAUUGAAUUGGAAACUUAACAUGGGAGGUAUAGCCUUAAUGUGGAGAGGCGGAUGUAUUAUCAGAAGUGUGUUCUUAGGGAAUAUCAAGCAAGCCUUUGACAAGAAGCCAGAUCUGAGUAACUUAUUGUUAGAUGAUUUCUUUAAAGGAGAAAUUCAGAAAUGUCAGACUUCAUGGCGUAAAGUUGUAGCAACAGCUGUUACAUUAGGAGUUCCUACUCCAGCCUUCAGUACAGCAUUAGCUUUCUUUGAUGGAUAUAGAUCUGCAAGACUGCCAGCCAACCUAUUACAGGCACAAAGAGAUUAUUUUGGUGCCCACACCUAUGAGUUACUGGACAGCCCAGGGAAGUUCAUACACACCAACUGGACUGGACAUGGAGGAAAUGUAUCGUCAACCACAUACCAAGUUUGAAUAACAUCAUUCCAUUUACCAAUGUUAUUAUUUAGACUUGUGAUAGUAUUAGACUAUUUUUAUUAAGUUUUUCUCUAUCUGUUAAUGCAUAAUUUAUGACUGGUGUUUUAAAGUGCUAUUUCUAUGAGAACUUUAUUAUAUUUGUUAUUUAACAUUGAUUGAUAGUGGUCGAACAUUGAAAAUUUGGAAAAAUUAUUAUAAAUAUUUUGAACUUUGAUAUCUAAUUCAAUUUAGUAAUGAUAACUUUUGAAAUAUAUAAAAUGAAAGAAUCCAAAUUUAAUCAAGUAGUAAAUCAAUUUUGGACUAAGUCAAUGCUUUUCAUUGACUUACUGUUUCAGGCACAGGUUAUUGCUUGAAACAAAUUUCAAUUCAGCAUUUUGUAUCAUUUUGCUCUGUUGUAUCAUGGUUUUCAUAAUGAAGUUAAAUAUAAUAGGGUUCAUUAGGUUUAAAUAAAGAGAAACAACUAAAAUCAGACAGAAAAAAAUUGUUAUAUGAGAUGUAUAUAAUUGUUAUAUAAGUCAUAAUGUUUACUAAUUAACAUGGAUAAAUAAAGAUGACAUAAAAAACUUGCUAUAUUUACCAAAUACCAAAUAUGUUUUUGAUAUAGCCAUUUCAUGUCAUGCUUAUUUGUUCCAGUUCUCUUCAGUUUCAGCAUUGAUUUUGACUUCCAACAGUCCUUAAUUCGAAUGCUGCUAAUGAGUCUCACAUAGAUGAAAUGUGUGUCUGGGGUACUAAAUAAACUCAUCAUAGAUACCAGGAUUAAAAUUUGUACAAAAGGCAUGGGUUUCGUCUACAAAAGAAUCAGUGACGCUCAAAUAAAAAAGUUAAAUAGACCAAAUAAAGUACCAAGUUGAAGAGCAUAAAAACCCAAAAUUCCAAAAGGUUUUGCCAAAUAAAGCUAAGGUAUACUAUUCCUGGGGUAGAAAAAUUAAAAGUUUAGUAAACAGUUUAUUUAUGAUUAUGACCAUAUUCUUGCUACUUUUGAUGAAUUUUAACAUAUGAAUUUCCAACAGUUUUAAUGAAAGAAAUAUAAGUAUUAUGUAUAUUGACAUGGCCUAAUGAUGGCAUUACUCAAUUACCAAAUCAAAAUAUGUGGAUUACUUGAAAUUUAAGAUAACAAUUCUUUGAAUCAUUUGACAAACUUAUAAAUAAAUAACAAAGGUAAAAACCAAGGCAGUCUGGAUUGGGAGGAUAUUUUUAUUACUUAAAAGUUUACCUGAAUUAUUUAUUUUAUUAGUUUGAGCCAGGGAUUCCAGCAGGAGUACGCUCUUUGCAAUGCUUUAUUAUUUACAAUAUUGUACCAAAUCAUUUUUGAAAGCUAUCAUUUCAUAAAUUAUGUAAUUGAUAAAUGUUAACGCAUCAAUUUAUAAUAUAAUGUACAUAAGUGUAUGAUCAUGUGCCAUCUAUUUUUGUACAAUCAAAAGUUUAUAAAUCUAUCUUCACAAAUGAAAGGGGGAUAACUAGUCUUUUUGUUUCCUAAUUCUUAAAAUACUUUGCAAAGCUAUUGUGUUGCUUCUUCCAAGCUUUAAUUAUUCAUUAGCAAGGUCUAAAUUUUAAUUUCUGUACUAGAUUUUUGGUGUGAUUAUUUUUUUAAUCAAGAGGAUCACUUAUAUUGAAUGUACAAUGUCUCUUAUAACUGUGAUCCAUUUCAGAGUAUAAUUUUGUGGUUUUUACACAUGGAUAUAUAAUGAAUUAAUUUUAAUUUUGUGUCAAAUUUACAUAACCAAACUGAAAAUGAAUGAUCUCAAUUUAAAUGUUAUAUGAUAUGUUUUGCUGAGUUCACCUUUUUUGAGAUUGUCUGCCAUGAAAGAGAUCUAAUGUGUUACAUCUAACGUUUUAAAAUCUUGUAUGUUUUAAGCAGUUGUCAAUGUAAUUUUUUAGUAAUUUCAAAGUCCCAUCAUUCAUCACCAAAUAUUUGACAUCACAGAUCCAAAAGUGAUUUUUUCCCCCUUUAAUGUCAUUAGGUCAACUGCCACAAAAAUGAGGUCAGUUGUUGCAAAGAACUUACUUGAAACUAAUUGGUUUAUUUGUCUUUACAAGUAUGUAUGCGUCUGCAAUAGACAAUUGCCUAAUGACUGAAUAUAAGUUAUACACAGCAAUGAUAGAUCUGCUAUAAUUUUUGUCAUUUUCUUAUUUUAAUUAUUUGAAAUACUGUAAAUUAGAAAAUGUUUGUGUCAGUUUAAUGUUUGCAUGUUUUUAUCCAUAAUGAUUUAAAUAUUUUGAGACAAUCCAAUUUGUUAAAUGCAUUUUAAAACUUACAAAAUGUUAUAAGGCAAAUAAAAUACUUCAGACAACCAAGGAAUUUAAUUUUCAGGAAAAUAAGACUGCAAAAUUUUUUUUGGUGUACAGUAUACUUGUUACAAAUAUCUAAUGAAUAUAACAUCUAUAUGAUAUAUUUCUAGCCAUAAUUUGCAAUAAAAUAUAGAUUUGAAUGUA